UGAGUUUAAUAGUUCAGUCAGUUAGGGGGUAGCAAAAAACAAUCAACCCUUUUCAUUUUUCAGACCUUUGGCUGCAACUAAGUAAGAUGGGUGAUUCUGGAAAAGCAUAUUAUGGAGGAAUAGAAGGAGGGGCUACCCACUCUAAGAUGGUGAUUAUGGAUGAGACUGGAUCUAUACUAGCUUGGAGUGAAGAACAGAGUACAAACCACUGGUUGAUAGGUAUCAACCUGUGUCUGGAAAGAAUCAACAGCAUGGCCGAGGAAGCGAAGAAGAAGGCCGGUAUUGAUACUCAAACUCCACUUGAGGCACUGGGUCUUUCUCUGAGUGGUGGCGAGCAAAAGGAAGGUCAGCGUAAGGUCAUUGAUGGUAUGAAGGGAACCUUUCCAUGUGUCAGCAAGAAUUAUCACAUGUGCACUGAUACCUAUGGAGCCAUUGCCACUGCUUGUAAAGCUGGAGGCAUCGUGCUAAUCUCUGGUACGGGUUCAAACUGCCAGCUGAUCAAUCCUGAUGGAACGGUCCAUGGCUGCGGAGGAUGGGGUCAUAUGCUUGGUGAUGAAAGCUCAGCUUACUGGAUAUCACAGAAAGCUGUUAAGAUUGUCUUUGAUGCUCUAGAUAAUCUAGCGCCGCCACCACAUGACAUAGCAUAUGUUAAAAGAGCCAUGGAGGAAUACUAUGGGAUUUCUGAGAGAUUUGGCCUUUUAGACCAAGUUUAUACCAACUUCGACAAAUCAAAGUUCGCUGGCUUCUGCAAGCGGCUAUCCGUAGGAGCUCGAGAUGAUGCUGACCCUCUGUGUCUAUGGCUGUUCCAUGAAGCAGGAAGACUACUAGGAAGGCACAUCGUGGCUGUAUCUCCAAAGAUAGAUAAGACACUGUUAAAUGGUGAAGGUGGAUUGAGGAUCGUCUGUGUUGGGUCUGUGUGGAAAAGCUGGGAUCUAUUAAAGGAAGGUUUUCUGGCCGGCUUAUCGAGACCUGACGAGUCUUACCCAGACAUCCAGGAAUUCACUCUGCUCAAGCUAAAGGAGUCCUCGGCUAUCGGAGCAGCCAGGCUUGGAGCCCAGGUCCUCGACUUUGACCUCCAGGUCGACUACGACUCCACUGUUGACGUCCUCUACCAACACAAACCAUAAUUUCCGGACAGUCCUAUUAAUAUUUAUAUUUAGGUAGAUGAAAUAGAUAUUUAUACGUCCAUGUGAACAUGUAUGUCAGUUGUGAAAGUCUGUCUUUGCGCAGUGUUUUUUGUGUGAUGUAUUCUUGCACUCAUCAUUACGCAUUGCAUAUGAGAAAUAUGUGGUAUUGAUACCCAACUGCCAGUACUAAUGUAAAACUUUUUUCUUACGUGUGAGUAUCAAUAUUAGUGUAUUUAAAGUGGUUAUUAGUGGUGGUCUAUUCCUUGUAAGGGAGUUCUAACCCCAAAAUAUGUUUAUUCUGAAUGAAUGAAGAAGCACAUGUUGAAAUUAUUGGAUUAGAUGAAAAGGAUGAAAGAAAUCAUAUUUAGAAAUUGCAUUGUUUGAAAAAUAUGGUGUCAAGAUGGGCAGGGCUGUCAACAUAUUAGGUAACUAUUAAGAACUAUUAAACUGCAUAUAUACAAUAUAUGUAUAUUGCCAAAAUUUUCUCUUUUAUAAGUUUUAAGAAUGAGCUUUUGUCUGCCAACUUGGUAAAAUGUGACGUCAUAACUUGCCCCUAGAAUAACAAUGAUUGUAAGUAGAAAUAGUGGAUAUUAAAAAACCAUCUGGUUUGGUAGAUCGUACAUAUGCCAUCUGGUCCUGGGUAUCUGUGGCAUAUGCCACAACGGGUUAUGACACUAUAUGAAACUGUGGCCAGUAGAAAAAUUAUGUAUUUCUUGCCAUACUGCUAUAGAACCUUAUAAAUGUUACACUAGAAUCAUUCUGCUGCAAUUGACAUCAGAAAUAACUUUUCAAUUUUAUACUUUUCAAUUUUCAAUUUUUGUUUUACCAUUGUGAGUUAUUCUCUUUACUCUGAACUAGGCCCGUUUUGGGUACACGUGUACACGCGUACACGCAUGGUCAAGUCAGUGCACGUGUAAUAAAUUCCAUCACCUCGUACACGGUAACAUCUGCAUAAAGCUUGCAUGGGAUUACAAAGUCAGUGAACAAGCUCACAGCCUCACAUUAAAUCUUGGUUCUUAGACACUGCACAUGUUUUUAUUACUAAUAUGUCAAUAAAUUUCAAGUAAUCUAGAGUCAGUUCACUUCCAAAAUCGCCGAUUUCAUUCCACAUUCAUUCUGGAGACUCAAGUUUUUGUACCACGAAAUGGGUCUGCUCAGGUCUCGAAAGCUCGAAAGCGUUGCUCAAUCACACUCAGAGCCAAUUUGAGAAUCACCAAUUGCGACAGCGAUCAUUGCUACUACUUACGUGUUAUAGGCUCGUACGCAUGUGCUACAAGCCUACAAACAAACGCUCCUCAAAUUGGCACAAAAAUUGAAAAUCAAUCGAUAACUUCAGUUACA